AUGGCUCGUUUUGAUAUUGAUGACCUGUGUUCCUUUAGUCAUCCCGAGAGGCUCAUCGAGAUGAAAUCCGACCUCGAGGCCACCGCUCACGCGCCUGAGCAGCUCGUCUCCAAGGAUGGGCGUCUGGUGGAGAUGCGGUCACGGAAGCGAAGUGAAAGCAACUGCCGCAGCCUCAAGCAGCUGUUUCUCGACAACCAAGCGGGGAUCGUUUUCAAUCUCGUUCUCCUUCUCUACCUCACCCAAUUGAUGAUUCCCAGAGCACGGCCCUUCACAAGGCCCUUCCUGUGGCUGUCCCACUACAACCCCUCUACUGGAAAGUACGCGGUUGGCUUCAAUGACGUUUACUACGUGAUCUACUAUCUGGUGCUCUUCACUGGACUGCGCGAUGGUCUCAUGAAUGGCGUUUUGGGGCCCCUGGGUCGGCGUUGGGGAAUCUCUUCAGUCAAGGACCAGGCGCGGUUUGCGGAACAGACGUGGAUGAUUUGCUACUACUGCUUCUUUUGGCCUCUUGGUGUAUACAUCUGGUACUCCUCCCCCUACUUUCUCAACAUGGCCGAGCUCUGGACAGACUGGCCCAGCCGAGAGAUUUCCGGGACCAUGAAGUUUUACUUCCUCGCGCAGCUGGCUUUUUGGAUUCAGCAAGUCUACGUCAUCAACAUUGAAAAACAGCGAAAGGAUUACUGGCAGAUGCUGUCGCACCACGUCGUCACAAUCGGACUGGUCGUAGCCUCGUAUGCCUACCACUUUACACGCGUUGGCAACCUGAUUCUCAUUAUUAUGGAUAUUGUCGACAUUGUCUUUCCACUUGCCAAGUGCGCCAAGUAUCUGGGCUACAACACCCUCUGCGACAUCCUCUUUGGCCUCUUCGUCGUCGUCUGGCUGUCCACCCGCCAUGUGUUCUUCCUCAUGGUGAUCCGCAGCGUCUACUUUGAUGUCCCUGCCAUCGUGCCGCAGACCUGCUUCCAGGGUGGCAUGCACAAUCUACAGGGUCCAUUGCCCCAGCCCAGCGGGUGGUCUUGGCUGCUUGAGCCGCUCAGGGAUCCAGAAGGCUUGAUCUGCUUCAACCAGUCCACCUUUACCGGAUUCUUCUCAUACCUCGUUGCGCUACAGGGCAUCAUGGUGAUGUGGUCCUAUGCCAUUCUCAAGGUCGUUGUCAAGGUGCUCAGCGGCCAAAACGCCGAAGACAUUCGCAGCGACGACGAAGAAGAGGAAGAUGUCGGCGAGCUGGAAGAAGAGGAGCUUGAAGAAGAAGAGGAAAAUGAAGCUGAUUAUCGGUAUUUGGAGGAAGAAGCCGAUGUGGACGAUGGCAUCGUCAAGGCUUGGGAGCGUCGACGCCUAGCCUUGCCCAAGAGAAGUGGCAGCUCCAGCGCCUUGCAUCUUCCCGGUCACAGCGAUCGUAAGGAGUUUCUCAACCGGAUUGGAUGCGAGAAGCAAAUCGAUUAA